GUAUAAUUUCUCAAUAGCUUCUCAGUACACCUUCUUUUCCCCAAUUCCCAAACAGCGCCGAUAACCAUUCCCCUCUUUCUGUGUGAGCUCGAACGAAAGAUGCAGGCCAUUACCAGAAAAUUAGGGCACAAAUCAUUGAAACCUUCCCCUGUAAUUUCAUCUUUCAAGUCCCUCUAUCCCCUUUCCGAUGAUCACUAUUAUGGUUAUGUUAAUCCCCGAUUCGCAUCUAACAUUGCUACUGGAGGUACGGGACCUCUAGUUCGCAAGGGAACUGGUGGAAGAUCAUCCGUUAGUGGAAUCGUUGCUACAGUCUUUGGAGCUACUGGAUUUCUUGGGCGUUAUCUUGUGCAACAGCUUGCUAAAAUGGGCAGUCAAGUAUUGGUUCCUUUCCGUGGAUCUGAGGAUUCUCCUCGUCAUCUCAAGUUAAUGGGUGACUUAGGACAGAUUGUUCCUAUGAAAUACAACCCCAGGGAUGAAAAUUCCGUUAAGGCAGUGAUGGCAAAAGCUAAUGUUGUGAUCAAUCUCAUUGGAAGGGAAUAUGAGACAAGAAAUUACAGUUUUGACGAAGUCAACCACCAUAUGGCUGAACAGCUUGCAAUGAUUGCCAAAGAGCACGGUGGUAUCAUGAGAUUUAUUCAAGUUUCUUGCUUGGGGGCAUCUCCUGCAUCCUCAUCUAGAAUGCUCAGAGCCAAAGCUGCAGGGGAAGAAGCUAUUACACGCGAACUUCCUGAGGCGACCAUAAUGCGACCAGCAGUGAUGAUCGGAACAGAAGAUAGAAUUCUGAAUCCAUGGGCAUUCUUCGCAAAGAAAUAUGGUUUUCUCCCUCUAGUCGGAGGUGGUUCAACAAAAAUUCAACCUGUAUACGUUGCUGAUGUUGCUGCUGCAAUUGUUGCUUCUUUGAAAGACAAUGGCACCAGCCUGGGAAAAGUUUAUGAACUUGGUGGCCCAGAUAUUUACACUAUGCAUGACUUGGCAGAACUCAUGUUUGAUAUGAUCCGUGAAUGGCCACACUAUGUGAAUGUUCCUUUACCUAUUGCUAAGGCUAUUGCAUCUCCUCGAGACUUUUUGCUUAACAAAGUACCAGCUCCAAUGCCUGUCCCUACGAUAUUUAAUCUGGAUGCAAUUAAAGCCUUUGCCACGGACAACAUUGUGUCAAAAGAUGCUUUGACUUUUGAAGAUCUAGGGCUUGCGCCACACAAGGUGAAGGGAUAUCCGGUUGAAUUUCUUAUCCAGUAUCGUAAAGGUGGACCAAAUUAUGGAUCAACAGUUAGUGAAAGAAUGUCUCCUGAAUCUUAUCCAUGAUUUUUUGGUUAAGCAUGGACACAGUUUGGAUCUUAUUUGAAAGAUUGGUGCAGGUAGUUGCUUCCAUAAUUUCCUAUGUUACAAGUUCCUUCCUCAUCUGAGAAAUGUAUAUUUUAGCUGUCGGUUGUAGACAUUUUAUUGAGCAAUAUACUUGGUCACCAGUUAAUUUCAGCUUCUUUUACAAGAUUUCUGGAGUACAGCCGCGUUCAGCCAGACAAACAGGAAAAAUAAAUUCGAAGGGAAUUUUUCAGCAAAUGAAUGUUGUGUAAUGCUGAGACCUAUACUCCUUUUCCGGAGGAGUUGACUAUAAUUUAGGUGCUUUUUGUGUCAUUGUCUCAACGAGACCAUUGUAUUUUCUGUCAGAGUUUACUUCUCUGUUCUCCCUUUUGUAUUUCACCCGAGUAGCAACCAAGAAAAAGUGGAACAUGAUUGUAGUGUCAGGGGAACAAAGAUUAUUUCAGUCCGUUCCUUCUAACCAACUUUAAUGUUACAGUGCUUCUAUUUGGUUCAAAUAUUUCGUGCAAGUCUCCUAAAAUUAAGGAAUAAAAUGCACAUUAAUCCA